GCGCUGAUGUGACAGAGUGACUGCAGCUUGUCCCGGACCCGGCCUCCCAACUUCGGCAUCCGCUCAGGAUGGAUCCGAGACGAGCUGAACCCGCACUAAGACCCGAGCCCGGUCCGGUCACGCUGUACGGGGAAUUCACGCUUGUCAGUAACCGAAAAGUCAGGUGUUCCGUGAAGCUGACGGAGAGGGACCUGGUGGUCCAGAGGCUGACGGCGGCACCUGUCGGGUGGAACAAGGUGGUUCUGAGUCUGAGCGACUGUGUCGGCUGCCGGGCUUACCGGGGCCACGACAACAAGGCGGACGGCUCGUCGUACUUCGCAGCCUACUUCUACCCGCUGAAGCGCCGCUGGUGCUCCGGAGCGUCGCGGCAGAGAGUGGAGCAGUGCUUCCAGCUGUCCGCGCUGCAGGAGCCGCACGCGAACCUGGAGGAGGCGGAGAAGUGGGCUCGCGCCGUUCGACAGCGCUCUGCCCGGCAACACGCGCUUAGAGACGGGGUGUUGCUGCACAGUUUGUCUCGUCCGUGCCGGAUGCUGCUGCUCGUGAACCCACAGAGCGGGAAAGGACAGGCGCUGACGCUGUACAAGAACCACAUCCAGCGAAUGCUCAAUGACGCUGGUGUCAUGCACUCUCUGAUCAUCACUGAGAGGAAGGAUCACGCCCGGGAGCAUGUGAAGGAAGCUAACCUUUCACUGUGGGACGCUAUAGUCAUCAUGUCAGGAGACGGACUUCUGUUUGAGGUGAUCAAUGGGCUGCUGGAGCGUUCGGACUGUGAGGAGGCCAUCCAGACCCCCCUGGGUAUCCUUCCUAGUGGUUCGGGCAACGCCUUGGCUGCAUCCAUUCAUUACUACUCAGGGGACCCCCCCGUGUCCAGCGAGGAGCUCCUGGUGAGCUGUGGUCUCCUGCUCUGUAAAGGUCUGGUGUCCCGCAUGGACCUGGUCUCCAUCCACCUGUCCUCCGGCCCUCGUCUCUUCUCCUUCCUGUCUCUGGCCUGGGGCUUUGUGGCGGACGUUGAUGUCGAGAGUGAGAAGUACCGGCACCUCGGAGCAGCCCGGUUCACCGUGGGCACCCUGGUGAGGCUGGCUUCUCUCAGAGUCUAUAGGGGGAAGCUGGCUUACCUGCCCGCCACCGGAGACUCCUCUGACCUCCAGCUGCCACCUCUGGACCAGCCAGUCCCAGGUGACUGGGUGGUGGUCCCAGAGGAAGACUUCAUCCUCGUGUUGGCCAUGUAUCAGUCCCAUCUGGCAGAAGACCUUCUGGCAGCGCCGGACGCCCGGUUGGAUGACGGCACCAUUCAUCUCAUGUACGUCAAGGCUGGAAUAUCUCGCACCGCGCUGCUUAGGCUGUUCCUAGCCAUGGAGAAGGGCACACAUCUGGAUACAAACUGCCAACAUCUGGUGCACAGUAAGGUGCGAGCGCUCAGGCUGGAGCCUACAUCGCCCGAAGGGAUAAUCACCGUGGACGGGGAGGUGGUGGAGUACGGGCCGGUGCAGGCGGAGGUGCAGAGAGGCCGGUCGAGGAUGAUCAGCGGAUGAUCGCUGCUGUUUAAUGAACUCGUUGUCUCAUGUGAACUCUGACAUCUGCAUCUGUAAAACACAGGAUGGGGAACUCCUUCAUCGCUCCUCUGCCCAAAGAAAACCGUUUCAUCUGAAGAUGCUGAGAUGUUGGAGGUGACUG